AUGGUUUUACCAAUGAGCGCCUCGGUGCCGUGUCGAACUCCCCAAUCAUCGGGUUUCAUUUCCGAUUACAGUUUGCCAGGUUCCAAUACUUCUCCACUCGUCCAGUCACGGUACAGUGUUCAUUCGUUAAAGCGGCGCCCGUUUGACGGCGAAGCAGCAAUGAGCGCGAGCAUCGAAAUGACUCAAAUCCAGACACAGCAAUGGAAUACGAUUCGUCACUCUCUGUGGAUGCUUUCAGCGAUGGCCAUCUCUGCGGCACUGAUGACGAUGCUAGCUCUCGAGUUUUUUCUUCUCUCCGAACGAAAGGAUCCGAUAGAAAGACGAAUUUUAGAACAAUAUACAGCAAUUUCAGAGGUGCUCACCGAGAUCUCGUAUUGUCUUGACGUGUCGGCGUGUCUCGUCUCGUUGGCGGCUUUCUUUUCGGCAUCUUUUCAAAUCUUCUUCACGCUAAAUCUCAUCCGAGCACAGCCAAAUGAUCUAAACGCUGCUCUCGGCUUUCUUCAAAACACUUCAUUCAUUCGGGUUAUCGUUUUCGCUUUCUGGUUCACCUCGGUGCUACUGUUUUUGGGUGUUCUCUGCGUCUACGUGGUGACUUCUCCAUUCCGCGGCGCUCCCUCAAAAGGAAUCUCGAUUUCGCUUGCGCUUUUCCUUCUCCUAAUCCUCAUUCUUUCCGUUAUCAAAAGUGUCAUUUAUUGGGCUCGAAACUCCACAAAAUCCACCGACAUUAGCAGCUAUUCGACAUUGGUU